AGGAGACAUUAUAAGUGCGUAACCUCACAUUUCAAACAAAUUCGUACUGUUUGGUUCUGUAGUAAACUUUUUUUGUUGAAAAAUAAAUUAAAAUACAAGCAAAAUGAAUAACAAAUUGCUUCGCGUAACGCAGAUGAACGCUGUUUACUUUGACAAAGAAAUAUUCAACAUCUUCAAGCAACAUCUAAACAAUUUCUUCAAAUUUCUGCCACCUGAAUUUGUUUCUAAAUGUGAUCCAGAAAUCAACAUGUUACUGCACAUCUGUAUUCUACACUAUUCUGUGCUGCAGCACAAUUGCACCUUUGGUCAGAAAAUGUUGUCAAUUAAAUAUUCCAACAUGACUUACUACAAAAAGAUGUGGUAUUUAGUUGCACACAGCUUUGAUUAUUUAAGAGAAAGGUUGGAGCUAUCAAAGCCUGAUUCUGGUUUUAAUUACUACUUCCACAAAGCAAAUAUGUUUGUGCAAAUGUUAAGAUUCUGCAACAUUUCAAUGUUUUUACAAUAUGGAAGCAAACCUCAUUUAAUUGAGAGAUUUCUUGGUUUGGAACAAGUGUACAGUACAGACAAUGCAGUCAGACACUAUGAGGAUAAGUACAUGACCAGGGAGUUGAUAUGGAAUGGUUUCAUUGAAAUUUUAGUUUAUUUGUUGCCUUUAAUUAAUUAUCAUAAAAUAUCACGGAUUGUGAGAAAUGUUAAUCCUCUACACAAGAAGCCUGAAGUUGAAAGGCAUCUAAAGAGAGUAAUUACAAGUGAGACUGUUUGUGCACAUUGUGAGGAACCACCAAUUGUACCAUGUCACAUGGGAUGCAGUCAUGUGUUCUGUUAUUCUUGUUUGAGGGGUAAUCAAGUGGCUGAUAGUAAAUAUGAGUGUCCAGUAUGUGAAUAUUUUGGGAAAAGGGAUAUAUGCCAAAGAGUUCAUGGUUGAAUUAAAAUUCAUUAUUUUAUUAGUCUUCAGUUGUUUUUAAACAUGUAUGUAAUAUUGUUGACAUGUCUUUUUAUAAAUUUAUAAAUAACAUUCUUUGUUCUAA